CCAAAAAACCCUAUUCUGGAUCAGUCCCUCGGGCCUCCGCCUCGUGGCUCCUGCUUUCUGCCAAAACCGCCGCGCUUCCUGCCGUCCGGCCGAAUCUGCUUCAGAGUUCAGACGCCUCCCUUUUGUCUGCCAAUCGGUUCCGUCCACCAGCAGCAUCGAUCGUCACCUCUCCGCCGUCCUUCCGCCUCCACCCAGCCGGUCUUCCUCCGUCCGAUACUGCAGUAUUUCACGCGCAGGGUAACGAUGAGGGCUGCUCGACGUGGGGAUUUUAUGUUCUGCAAUGUGUGUGGGACGAUGAUGAAUUUUAGUUCUGGAAAUCAGGUGGAAUGCCCUCUAUGUAAAUGCUCGAAGAGGACGAAAGAGGUAAUUGGACUAGAGAUAUCUUACAAAGUAUCUGCUGAGGAUAUCAGAAGGGAUCUAGGGAUCUCACAUUUUGAAGGAAAGAUGGAAGUGAAAGACAUGGAGGUAACUGCUUACUGACUACUCAGAUCACUUGUAAGGUUUCAUUUUGUGGAGGUCUCAAUCUGAUGGCAACUUGUGGUUUCCAAAUCUGCUUUUGACAACAGAUAAACAAAAAGUGCGAGAAAUGCAGCAACACAAAGCUCAAGUUUUCGACUCGACAAAUGAGGUCCGCGGAUGAGGGGCAAACGACUUUCUUCCAUUGCCCUGUUUGCUCUUAUACUUUUACCGAGAAUUGAACAUGGAAGCAUCUGAGGUUGAACUAUCACUUCACACUUUGUAACCAAGACAAGGUCUCUUACAUUCUCGACAUAGAUAAGCUUCUUUUAGCUGUUACAAUGCUUGCAUUAUUUUGUAAGGAACUGGGAGCCAGAAUCCCAGCUAGGUAUGUAUACCAUACUAGUUUUUGUUUGAUGACCCAUUGGCCAGUUGGCACAGUAUGUUAUACAUUUAUAAUCUCAUUCUUCUUCCCUUGCAAUGGAUCUAUAAAGGAGGAAAUAGGGUUCUAGCUAAUUUUGGGGGAAAAAGGACACUACAUAAGUUAAUGCAGUGUACAAGAGAGUCCCUGUUGGUCCUGUGUACUGUGUACAAGAAACAGAUACACAUACAGGCAAGUCAAAUUCCUCAUGUUCUAUGGUGGAGCUAUGAGUUAGGUGCAGAAUACACCAUUGCAUUUUGGUGUAAAUGUAACCAAAGAAAAGCUGACAGUUGCAGUUGCAGUUGCACUUGCACUUGCCAUUGAGUUAUAUGGCAAUUAGAUCCUUGAACUUUGGGGGGUGUCUGCAAUUGACCUAUGAUUGUCCUUUACACUCAACCAAUUUUCUGCUUCAAGUUAGG